GUUUCACUGAUAUUCAGUUUCUCGUUUUGGCUACUUCAGCUAAAGAGCCUCUGAAGCUAAAGAUUAACGAAGAAUUAGGAUUCUGUAAUUUUCCAUCUUCAACCAGAGAUGGUGCAGCCGGAGGAGACGCCGACCUCGACUGGGCUGCUGAGCAGCGAAUCCAUGAAUAACAUGUCCGAGAGACUAUCCAAGCUCGAUAAUUUGUACUUUCCUCGAGCAAUCCAACCCUCAGCCACCACCGCCGCCCAACGCCAGUCCCUCCUCCUUGACCUCCUCUCUCGUGACGCCGCAGUUUUCUUAGAGAGAUAUGGAUCAGAAUUAACACCAGAUGAGCUUAAGGAAUUUGAUGUUUUAAAAGGUGAUUAUGAAAUCAAUUGGCAUUUAAAUCACUUACGAAGUGUGCUUAGUCCAACAGCGGAGGAGUUGAAGUCUAGGUCUACAAGAAUUAAGAAUAGAAGGCUGGCAUAUUUAGAUAAAUUAAUUAGUGACGGGCAGUAUUUCUCAGAGGAUGAAAUGAGGGAAAGAGAGCCUUACCUGCACCAUGAGUUUGUAGGGAAGUUUCAGGAUCCUAGUGGGAGGAGCAUGGCUAGGCCUGGGGAGAGGUGGUCAGAAACUUUGAUGAGGCGUUCUGAAGAGGCAAUGCUAGUUCAGAAAAUUAGGGGGGAGCAGCAGCGGCUAGGUGUUGCCGAGAGAGAUUGGGUGGGUAAUGAGGAAGCACAAGAAGAGGGAGAAUCACAAUCAGAAUCAGAAUCAGAAGAAGAAGAAGAAGAAGAAGAAGAAGAAGAAGAAGAAGAAGAAGAGGAAGAAGAUGGCAAUAACGAUGAGAGAGAAUACAUGAAGACUCAUGUUGCUAAUGGGACUUCACAAGUUCAGGAGGUGCCCAUAGAUGAUAUUUCAGCUGGAAAUAAUGGACAACCCACAGCGAGUAAACCUGCUGAGGAGGAAAGUUUAUCCUUGGAAGAGAUGCAAGAUCGCAUGGACCAGUUUAUCUACAUCAUGAAGCAAAAAUUUUUAUCAGGGGAAGAUCAUCAGCAUAUGGAUUAUUCGAAAAUUGACGAGGAUGAGAGUUUAGAUGAUCACUGGAUGAAAGAAGCAAAUGAUGAUGCAGAAGAGAAGUAUUUCGAUGACAUUUGAAUAAAAUGCUAUUCAGAGUAGGAAGUUGCCGUACGAGUUACCGCACCCUCAAUACGUUCCUCUUCUCUCUCUCUCUCUCUCUCUAAUAUGUUCCUAUUCUGUGACUUUGCUUAUGUAAUUAUGUAAUCCUUUGUUUGUUUACUUUUUUGGGUCAAGUCAAGUCAGCGAUCCCGUCCAUGUUAGUUCUGGUCUAUCGCUUUAGUAAUUUUAGCAAGUUGGAGAGAGCAAUUUUGAUCAUGAAGUUUAAAUACUAAUUAACUAAAAUGGCUGUGUAUUGAUUGUUGCAAGUCAUGAGUCAUGUGUGUUAGAAACUGUGCACACACACUACUAUGGGCUUGUAAAUGUAGCAUAACCUCCUGCCAAUAUUUGUCAAUUCUUGCCAGAACUCCAUCAGUUAGAAUUCACAUGAUGCAGGGCGGCACAUUCUUGAGUUCUACUUGCCCCUCUGCCUGCAGCUGCUAGUGUUCGUUCAGUCAUACUAACUAAGCAUUCAUGUUUCUAACAAAAGAUACUUGCAAGUUCCGAGUCUUUGAAGCAACAAGUUUGAAUUAGUCUUGGUUUUGUCCGAAUAAUCUUCGCUCAUAUCGUCCUUGAUUUAAGCAGAAGAACUUUGCCCUGUACCUAUUAUUCUUUGGUACGUUACAUACCCCAAUCUUGAGCCAUAUGAGUUAGAUGACACUACUAUUGUUCGUCAAGGGGACAGACGACUUUUUGCCUACACAAAAAGUUCAUCUUCUGCAUUGGGUGAAAAGCUGAGCAGCAAAAUCAUCAUCUUCCUCUCUCAUACUCAUACUACUAUGUAAGCGUUUAAACAUGAGUGCAAUAGUGACUAAUUAAUGGCGUGUGAAAUUAGGAUGGAAAUGUACAAAUUUUACCUUUUCUCAAGCUUUUUUCGUUUACAUUGUAGGAAAUUAUAUGAUACCAGGAAUUCUAUUCUGUUAGAUGGUACUCCUAUUUUUUUUUUUUCUCAAUAAUUGAAAUUUGUAUUUGGCAACUUUAAUUAGUGAAACCACAGGAAGUUUUAAAAACUUGAAUUAAAUAAUGAAAUGAAAUCUAAUACCAGAACUUUUUCUGCCCAUUUAAUAUUUGACCUUUAUAUAUAUAUGCAUAUAUUAUUAAGUUUUUGUAAUGUAUGUCCAAUUAAACACAUUCGAUUCACACCUAUUAUGUAUAUGCACUUCUAACACGCAUAACCUUUUUUUAUAUUUAUAUAUAUGCCUUUUCUGAUUAAUAAUUUACUUUUCUAAAAAUUUCAUACUUCAACUACAUACCUUUUUUUUCAUUAAUUCGAAAUUAUAAACAUUAUUGAUCUUUUGUGAUUGGCAAUUGGCAAUCAAAACAUUAUUGAUCUUUUUGUGACUGGUAAUCAAUUUACAUCAAAUGAUUAAGCCUCGGCAGAAAAUAUUCCAUUAGACCAGCCUUGAGCCUUCCCAUCGGCCAACCACAUUCCCCACCCCAGGGGGGCAAAAAAAAAAAAAAAAGGAAAAAAAGACUGAGCAGAACCUACCUUUGCCUGUUCCCGCCGGUAUAUUACAGGACAUCCAGCUCUCCCACUGUCUUUCCACUCUCCCACGGUCUUUCUCUCUCUCCGUCCCCCCCCCCCUCUCUCUCUCUCUGGCUUUCUCUCUCACACAGUCACACACUAGGGCACAAUCAGAAUAUACAUACAGUCACACGCAUUUGUAUAUAAAAAGGCACAGACAAAAACACGCACUAAUACACAGAGUCGCUUUUGUACAAUGUUAGAUUAGAUAAAUCUGAAAAAUCUGCCCAAAAAUGAACGAAUUCUAGAGUGAGAAACAAAAAUAAAGGGGAAUGGGUUAGCUGAGCUCCCUCUCUCUCUCUCUCUCUCUCUCUCAUUUCUCUCUCCUCCCCUUUUUCCAAAACCCUAAUUCUCUCUCUCUCUCUUCAGAUUUUUUUUGUUUAAUUCUAUUGUUUCUGUUUAUUAGUACGAGAAAACGACGGCGUAGAGAAGAAGAAGAGGAAGAGGAACAACGGCGGCGGAGAAGAAGGGGAGCAGGAGAAGAAGAUGUAUAGGGGAGGUGGAGGGUCGAAAGCAGUGCCGGCUGGAUUUGUGUUGGAGGGUGAUCGGAAGCGGAUUAAUGAAGCAUUAGAUAAACAUCUCGAACGAUCCUCGCCGUCUACGUCGGUGACCACCACUACCACAGCCACCGGCAGGGCUCUCAACGGGAAAGAUCAUCAUCGCUCGUCGUCCAUGUUUAAGACUAACAGUGACAAUCACCAUUUCAAGGACGCCAAAGCCUCUGACGCUGAGGAAUCAGAAACGGACAGUGAAGAGUCAGAUGUUAGUGGUUCAGAUGGGGAAGACACAUCUUGGAUAUCAUGGUUUUGCAAUCUUCGUGGCAACGAGUUUUUCUGUGAAGUUGAUGAUGAUUACAUUCAAGAUGAUUUUAACCUUUGUGGUUUAAGCAGCCAAGUUCCCUAUUAUGACUAUGCUCUUGAUUUGAUUCUGGAUGUCGAGUCUUCUCAUGGAGAUAUGUUUACAGAGGAACAGAAUGAAUUAGUUGAAUCAGCAGCUGAGAUGCUUUAUGGCCUGAUACAUGUUCGCUACAUACUGACAACAAAAGGAUUGGCAGCUAUGCUAGAGAAAUACAAGAAUGCCGAAUUUGGGAGAUGCCCCAGAGUGUUUUGCUGUGGACAACCUUGCCUUCCAGUUGGUCCAUCUGAUGUUCCUCGUCAAAGCACAGUGAAAAUUUAUUGUCCCAAGUGUGAAGAUAUCUACACACCAAGAUCCAGGUUUCAGGAGAACAUCGAUGGAGCCUAUUUCGGAACAACAUUUCCUCAUUUGUUCCUGAUGACUUACGGAAAUCUGAAGCCACAAAAGCCAGGUCAGGGCUAUGUACCUAGGGUUUUUGGUUUUAAGGUCCACAAGCCAUGAAGCUGGAGCCAAAUGCUGGAAUUUCUUGUGGAUUUUCAAGCUGCCGUAUGGAGUUGGGAGUUUGUCGAUGCCCUGUAUUAGAGUUUAAUCUUAUCGUUUGAUAUAUGUGCGAACUGAUGCUUCAGAUACUUAAGCUUGAGUUCCAAGGUCCCCAGCAUGCCAAAAAUAGUUGUCAUAUGUACGGGCUGUGAAGAAUAUAUCUGAAAAAGUGCUAUUGAAUCAGCAUGUUAAGCUACUUUAUAGCUUAGCACCUAGAUUUCAAGCUCUGCUGUAAACAAUUCAUUUUGAAUGAUUUCCCCUUUUUGGCCUUUC